CUCCGGGAGGCUGAUAAACAGACCGUCGCCGGCUGCACGCACUGACAGUGACGGCUGCUCGGUGUAAACACACGGGAAGGAGCCGACUGACGGACUGCCGGAGAGGGACAGACUGCCGGACAGGAGAUCGUGUUCACCCCGGCCGCUCGGUGGAAGGUCAACUAAAAAGAGAGUUUGGACGGCAUGCAAAGUUGUGAAAUAUCUUCAGACAGCACUGAUGAUCCUCUUAGUAGCGGCCUACGGAGAACUCGACAGCAGCCUCGAAUAGUGGUUAUCGGCGCCGGUCUCGCGGGCCUGUCUGCUGCGAAAACCCUCCUCGAUAGAGGAUUCACGGAUGUUACUCUCCUCGAGGCAUCUGACCGCAUCGGAGGCCGAGUGCAAAGUAUAAAACUAGACCACGCCACUUUUGAACUGGGUGCUACUUGGAUCCAUGGCUCAAAUGGCAACCCAGUCUACCAUCUAGCAGAAGACAAUGGCUUACUUGAAGAAACCACAGAUGGAGAGAGAAGUGUUGGUCGCAUCAGUCUAUACUCCAAGAAUGGAGUGGCUCACUACCUCACAAACAGUGGUCAGAGGAUCCCUAAGGACCUGGUUGAAGAAUUCAGUGAUGUAUAUAACGAGGUCUAUAACCUGACUCAAGAGUUUUUUCAAAACGGGAAGCCAGUCAACGCCGAGAGUCAGAACAGCGUCGGCGUGUUCACGCGGGAUGUGGUCCGAAAGCGGAUCAAAGACGAUCUCGAUGAUUCGGAGGCCACGAAAAGGCUGAAACUGGCCAUGAUCCAGCAAUAUCUAAAGGUGGAAAGCUGUGAGAGCAGCUCACACAGCAUGGACGACGUCUCGCUCAGCGAGUUUGGCGAAUGGACGGAAAUUCCGGGUGCGCAUCACGUCAUUCCGUGCGGCUUCAUUAAGAUCGUGGAAAUCCUCGCCGCCUCCAUCCCGCCGUCUGUGUUCCAGCUGCGCAAACCCGUGAAGUGCAUCCACUGGAACAGGUCCGUACGCAAGCAGGUCGAACGAGUAGCCGACCACAAUAACGACCAAGUCGAGGACAAGGGUUACCCCGUCUUUGUGGAGUGUGAGGACUACGAGUUCAUCCCCGCUGACCACGUCAUUGUAACCGUCUCCCUGGGUGUCCUGAAAAAACACCACGAGACCCUGUUUCGCCCCGGCCUCCCGGAAGACAAAGUGACGGCCAUCGAGAAGCUGGGCAUCAGCACCACGGACAAGAUCUUCCUUGAAUUCGAGGAGCCUUUCUGGAGCCCCGAGUGCAACAGCAUCCAGUUCGUCUGGGAAGACGAAGCCGAGAGCGGCAGCCUGACGUAUGCGGAGGAGAUGUGGUUCAAGAAGAUCUGCAGCUUCGAUGUCCUCUACCCCCCGGAGCGAUACGGCCACGUGCUCAGCGGAUGGAUAUGCGGGGAGGAGGCGCUCAUCAUGGAGAAAUGCGACGAUGAAACCGUCGCCGAAACCUGCACCGAGCUGCUCAGAAAAUUUACAGGGAAUCCGAACAUUCCAAAGCCCCGGCGCAUUCUGAGGUCCUCGUGGGGCAGUAAUCCAUACAUCCUUGGAUCCUAUUCUUAUACCCAGGUUGGCUCCACUGGAGUUGAUGUCGAGACGCUGGGGAAGCCGUUGCCUUAUACAGAGAGCUCAAAAACUGUUCCGAUGCAGGUGAUGUUUUCUGGAGAGGCCACUCACAGAAAGUAUUAUUCCACAACUCACGGUGCUCUGCUCUCGGGCCAGAGGGAAGCGGCUCACCUUGUCGACAUGUACCAAGAUCUUUUACGAUGCACCAAUUAAAAAUUUAACUCUAUGAGAACCACUACUCGUGAUUCCUAAUACCGUCGUGUGUUAAAACCUCCGUGGGUCUUUUUUUUUUCUUCUUAUUUCUAAUCUUGGAAGUAGAGCCGAUUUUUAUCUUUUUAAGCGAAAUCCUAACCGUUUUAAAAACGAGGCGUCUGUAGCAAAUUCAUGUACUGUAUUGUUAACAGGAAAGGGUGCUCUUCUGUUUCAUUACCGUUUCGUGUUAUUUACAGUUUGCACACCCAGUGCCUAUUUUUAUUUUAAUUUUUUUUCUGUAUUGUAAGUGCCUUCUAUAAUAAAUACAAAAAAAGCAAAUAAAUCAAUAAUUCAUAUCAGGCCAGAA